AUGUGGUUCUCGUGCCUCAAGAGUGUUGUGUUCGGCCUCCUCAACCCCAACCUCCCGCCUUCCAACCCCAUAGGUCCUCCCUCGCGUCGAAAGACACUUGCCAGUCUGUUCAUGGUGGAACCAGGCACGAUGACGGCUGCGGAUGAGGGAAAAGAGCAACCGAAGAGUCCCGAGAAGCCAUCCACUGACGACGACCCUGAUCGACGGGCAUGCGAUCAAUGCCGACAGCGAAAGGUUAGUGAGCGCCGCGGCCGGCCCGGACCCGACCAUACGGCGUCAAGAAGUGCCAGGACCCGAUGUGACAGGAAUUGGCCGUGCUCCACCUGUCGUACUGCGAGCCGCCAAUGCACAACCACCGGUGCUGGUCAGCGUCUAAAGGAGCCCCGGCAACGCAUCUUGAUAUCCUCCCGAUACGAACGGAAGAUCGACGAAAUUGUGUCCCGUCUGGGGAGUAUCGAAAGCCUUCUUAGCAGUCGGCCGGUCCCUCCGGUCUCGGUAGGCCAUAGAACACAACACGCACAUUCAGACGCCAAGGCAUUUGCCAUACCGACCCCAGCCUCAGCCUCGGGCUUUGAAAGCACCAGAGACGAGUCGCCCUUUGCGCCCGACUCGGGUCUCUCACAACAGUCAAACUUUGCCAGGGUGUUCCUCGAGGAAGCCGCCAAGAGGUCCACCUUGCCUGGGUUUAGCCCCGAGAUAACUACCGCUCUAAAUAACCUCAGACAGCUAGUCGAGUUGCAAGAGCUGCCCUUUACCAGCUACGGUCUCCAAGUUCACUUCCCUCUAAAGAAGACGACCCCCCCUGGUGGCCUCUUCAAAGUAGGCAUCACAGAUUUUUCAAACCUCUGCCGGUCGUUUUACUUCCCUACUUCAGAUAACCCCAGUGAUGCAAACUUUAUUAUAGUGAACGCCAUGCUGUAUAACCUCUUUACGGAACAGUUCUCAUUGGCCACAGACCCAGCCAUCCAAAGCGAGUAUGAUUCGUAUAUACAGAUAUGCCGAGUCAACAUCGAGACUGGCCUCGCUGCGACGCCACUCGUUCUCUCUGCUGCGGUCGAAAACGUUCAAGCACUUCUGCUGGGGACGCUCUAUGCCAUUGAUAUAUCAAGGGCCUUCGUUGCCUGGCAUCUUGUGUCUACAGCCGCCAGACUUUGUCAAGCUGGUCGCUUUCAUCACGCCGAUAAUUUAAAGUACAACUCCCCUCAAGUCUCUCGGCUUAAAAGAAUUCUGUUCUGGCAUGUAUAUAUGUUAGAAAGGGGACUCUGCCUCGGACUUGGCCGUACGUCUGUCAUCCUGGAAUCCGACAUCGAUAUUCCCCGCGAGUUUGACCUAGAUGGGUUUGGAAACCUUGAAUCAUCCGGCCUUGGAACACUCUGGAUCAAGACAGGGUCUCUGCAGGGCCGCAUCUAUGAAAAGCUGUAG